AUGCACGUCGGUUCUCUCACUUCGACACUCCUCGUCCCGACGGGAAAUUUCCUAUCCACUGUGAAGCAUGAUCGGGUCGGAGAGCUGAAUCGAGCCCAGGAUCCAGGCGGCCGAUCCCCUGAUCCCUCGACGACGGAGGACUUCGCCUCUGAAUCCCCCGAGUCCGACCCGGCACCACGUCAUCAACUCCCCCUAUCACUAUCAUUCGGGGGCCCUGGGCUCUUCGGGGACUUGUGGGGGCCGACCCUGCUCGAUCCGUCCCCGCUCCCCAUCUCCAUCUUCUUGGCCUCCCACGCCACAUGCCAUGCAGUGACAGCCGAAGGGGCGGGACUGGGCGCCGUGAAAAUGGGUGGAAAUCCUUGGCAUUCCAAAGGCUGCCUGUCAUGUCGAAAGCGCAAAGUCAAGUGCGACAAGCAAGAGCCAGAGUGUGCACGAUGCAUGAAGCGGGGGAUCCCGUGCCCGGGAUAUGAAAACAAUCGCAUUUUCCUGCAUCAGACCUCGAUCCAGCCAGAGAAGUCGGCCAACUUGGAUAACCAGGUCAACCAGGGACGUCAGCAACCCCAGGAGAACCAGCAUGGCCGUGCCUCGCAGCUUCAAUAUCUCAGCCGUGCCCGUCCCGUGGUUUUACCCCAGACGGUGCCGUCAGCCCCGGAGAAACGCGACCAGCUGUUUGCCGCCUACCUCACCACCUACUUCCCAGUGGAGGUGGUGGAUUCCUGGCACUUUCUCAUCUCCGGCCUCGCUCAGCUGCCGCAAAAACCCCGAUGCUGGAAAAGACCGUGGCAGCCGUCUCUUGCGUCUAUCUGGGGAAGCGCCAUCCGGAGCAUGUCAAACAUGAUCCAUCGAGAAAUCUAUCACGAUGACAUCGUGUACUGCGGGAUCAUGUUUCAAGAGCUUGAGGCAUACUACUGUCCCGAUGGGUUGCAAGCCUGGCUCGCUCAUGUGGCGGGCACCGAAGCUCUAAUCCGGAAAUACCGAUACAAUGCAUCGACCAAUCCACUGAUGCGAAUCGUGUACAAUAAGUUCCAGAAACUCCGGAUAAUGUUUUCGAUGGCCGCAAUGAAUAUGACCGCGGAGGAGUAUGAAUGCGUGAUGCAACCUGGGGAUGAUGGGCCCCUUGAUGAGCUGAUCCGGCUGUAUGCCGAUUUCUCGUCACUUUUUAUCGCUCUCCAGGAUGCGGGCCGCUCGAAUUAUGAGACGCGCCAAGCCGUGCUGCACCGCUGCUUGGCCCACCGAGACCGGGUCCUGGAGUGGUAUGAGCGGAGCAAGGAUGUCAUCGGCGGACCUCCUCUCCUAUUCAGUCCGGCCGAACCCUUGCACUCCUCUCUGCACUCUACUGACGCUCUGUUUGGCCCUGCGUACCGCUUCGUGUCCCUCGAGCAUGCGAGACUCCAUAUCGUCUUCUGGACGGCAUUGUCCACCCUUCACCCAUUAAUUUCGCAAGCGCAGUCCCUUGUCCGGCCUGGUGAUCAUGGCCACGGCCCGGUCAACGUGGACCUCGAAGAAGAUUACAGGCUCGCCGAGUUCUACGCCGACCAGAUGUGUCGGGCCCUGCCGUAUUGCCUGCAGGGGAAAAUGCGAUCGUGUGGCGCCCAAAUGAUGGUUUGGGCCACCAGCCACAUCACAAAGACGUACACUGACCUGCAACGUCUCGAGAAGUUCUAUUGGUGCCAGGAUGCUUUUCGGCGAAUCGCUAUGCUGGGCUUCGACUCGGCGGCUCGGCUUCGAGAGAUGCUUCUGCAUAGAUGGACUCUCUCCAGAGCCUCAUGCCCGGACCUGAGAUUCAGUUCAAUACCUCAAUAUGUGUCGAAUACCCCCGGGUUUGCACUAUCCCUGGCGGAGAAUAACCAAAGCCCCUCCGAGGCUCUGAACCCGAGGCCCACCCGGACGGUGAUGGAGAUUGGUUGA